AUGAGGGGAGCGGCGCGCGGUGUUUCGCCUCUUUCGCCCGCAGCUCUUGCCUCAGCGUCAAAGGUUCAAUACGCCCCUAGCUGAUAAUAACAUUAAAACUGUCUGAAGCGCCCCGGUACGGAGCGCGACAGCAGAACUCCAGUAAAACGCAAUAAAGGUGACGUGUGAGGCAUUUUUUUUUUAAGCUGAGAAACAAAAGCAGCGGUUCAGAAACGAGUAACAGCCCUUUAAAAACGCUUAAGCGACCAAGAAAGCGUUAUAGCCCUGUACUUGAAAAUAACGUGUUGGCGCCAGUCCAAACUUCGACAAAAAAUACCUCAGCGCAACCUUGGAACACCUCAGAAAGGGUUCAGCUGCGCUUUGUAAGUGGCUGCUUAAAUUAACGCGUUCUGGCUGGCUUGCUUUAAUUGUUUGAUUUUGCUGUGUUACCAUCUUGGUAUUGUAUCCUGCUUGGAGGUGAUUUCACAAUGAAAAGCGAGUAACAAGUUUUGUAUAAUACCAAUACACUGUAAAAUCAGUAAAGCGGAUAUUCUUUCUACUAGCCACUCUUAAACGUCCUACUUCAGUAACUGUUCAAACCUGGGCUGCCAAAAAACAACACAGUUGCAUGCCACCUCAAUCUCUGUUCAGUGGAGACUGGUGUUUUUAUGAUAUAUGGUUCAUUUUACACACAUAACCUGAGCCUGCCAUGCAGGGGCGCUUAGCAUUGACACCCCACAAUGUCUUGCUUGUCCCAUAGUCACACAGCCUUGGUUGGAUGAGAGCAGAAAACAAGCAUGGCUCUCCCUCUGGCUUCUCACACACCACUCUAUUAUUGCUCUCAGGUGAGGGGAAAGGGCCCACCCAGGUAUCCUCUUGCACAAAGCCACUUCUUUUGCUAUAUUAAAGGUCAUGCUUAGGCCCAAUGCUAUUUUUCUAGAAAAAGAGGUGCCACAACUCGCAAUGGACAACUUCUUUGUUCUCCGAGAAUGGUAAUGGUGCUCACCUGAGAGGUGCCGGGACGGAGUUCCUGUGAGUUCCCCCGGGGGGCAAAGUUAAAUGCACUUGAGAGACAGUAGAAUGUAAAUAAUUUUUGACGUUUUUAAGGGGGCAGGUAUUAUUCUGCCUAAUCAAAUUUGGCGUGACCCAGCCUGAGCAGGUGGAAAUAUGAUUCAGAAUUAUGAGCCUCAGAAAUAAAUGGCAUUAGUGUGCACACAGUGCAUCUGUCUCCACAAAGAAGAACCUCUGUUUAAUAAGAUGAUUCCACUACUGGUUUAAAAUAGAGGGAGGGAAUCAACAUAGUGAUAAAACAGAUUGCUCCAACAGCGCAAGCAUUUGCCCUUUCCUCCCACGAGGCUCCAAUUUUGUACAUAUGGCAUAUACCUAUAAAUCUGCCAGUGUCCACAGGGUAGCUAAAUUCAAUACUCUCAAAGUCCAGACAUGUCUAUUGAUUAUAGUUCCUAGAAUAUGUUCAGAAAUCUAACUCUCUUCACUUCAUCUCCUUUACCUUCUUUUUUGUAUAAUUGAGAAAUGAAUCCAGUGGCAGAACCUUUUGUGAUUGUUUGACUGAUAAUAUUCUAUACUCCAAAUUUGUAGGGGACACAGUUUGAAGUGGAACACAUUCUCAAACAGUUAUUGAAUAACCGCUUCCCCAUUAUCUCAUGGCAUCUGCUUGACUUUCAGCUACGCUCAUUCAGCUUGUAAGUAUAGCUCCUUUUCAAACAAGUUUGAGUGGAUCAGGGGAAUGUAUGUUUCUGUUUUAUGCAUGUUUUCAUUAUUUUUGGUUAAUAACAGUUUAUUUAAUGACAGAUUUUUUAAAAAGAAAGAAAAGAAUUUUUAUUCACAUGGGUGUAGCUAAGGGGGGGCAGUGGGCAGCUGCCCCCUAAAUCAAUCAAAACCAAUACAAAUCUGAGGUUCUGCCCACCUAACAAAAGCCUGCCCUCCACUAACAAAAAUCCUGGCUGUGCCUAUGCUUAUUCACUAAAAAAUUGAAAAGAUUAAAUUCAUUUAUUCAUUAAAUCAAUGUGCACUAAUAGUUGCUGCACCACCUAAAUUGCCUUCAAUUGUGAACAUGAGGAAUAGGAAGAAUUGAAUAUAUAUAUUGUCCAGUAGCACCUUAAGGUAAAGGUACCCCUGCCCGUACGGGCCAGUCAUGUCCGACUCUAGGGUUGUGCGCUCAUCUCACUUAAGAGGCCGGGAGCCAGCGCUGUCCGAAGACACUUCCAGGUCACGUGGCCAGCGUGACGAAGCUGCUCUGGCGAACCGGCACCAGCGCAGCACACGGAAACGCCAUUUACCUUCCUGCCGGAGCGGUACCUAUUUAUCUAAUUGCACUUAGGGGUGCUUUCGAACUGCUAGGUGGGCAGGAGCUGGGACCGAAAUACGGGAGCUCACCCUGCCGCGGGGAUUUGAACUGCCGACCAUGCGAUCGGCAAGUCCUAGGCGCUGAGGUUUUACCCACAGCGCCACCCGCGUCCCAGUAGCACCUUAGAGACCAACUAAGUUUGUUCUGGGUACAGUUUAAGCUUUCGUGUGCAUGCACACUUCUUCAGAUACUGGUACCUGUUUGAAAUGGGUCAAGAUAAUUGACUUAAUGCAAGAAUUCCUGCAACUGCUGUGUUGCAACCCUUCCAAAAAGGGAUUAUUUACGACCUCAGGGUUGUUGUCACAAACAAGUGGGUCCAGGGUGGGCUUUUACAAAAGUGGUUGUAUGAGUAAAUAAACAAAUGUAAUUACAAUGGAGGAGUAAAGAAGUAAAUGAAACUCUUAAUAAAUGAAAAUAAUUUAUUACACGCACAUAAUUACAAUACCUCCCAAAAAUGUUUACAACCUUCUUUAAAAAAAAAGUCUUUAAAAUGACAAAAAAAGAAUUUCAUUACCAACUUAAGGAUGUGUUUCAAAGGUUGUCCUUUCCAACAAGAGCUUACACAACAAAAUUGGUUCAAUAAGUAUGCCAGGAAGGACAAGGGACAUUAGCUAGUGAGGGUACGCAACUUUGCUGCAGGAAGAGCCAGAAUUGAAUAUAUGGCUAUUGUGGCAGUAGCCCCAGAGCUGAAUGUGUGGGAAGCUAAAGCUGCAAAGGGAAAAAUUAGGCCUGUCUCUACUGCAAAGGGAAUUUUAAAGUGAUGCCAUUAGCACCAUGCUCCUAGUCAGUAUUCAAAGGACAGAUUUGGGAAAGGCAAUGCUACACCAGUGUUUUUGCCAUUAUGGGUCACCCACUGUCACUGCCCCUUCUGUGGCUGCUGUGCUUCUUCCCAUAUAGCUACUAGGCACAUUUUCUCCAGCUCCAGUAUGGUAUAUUAUCAAAAAAUAUGUGCUAAUAAUAUUUGACACUUCAUUCAAUUUUAUUUGUCUGAAGGAUCCAGAAAAACAACUACAAAGCAGGAAGUAAUUUAACAUUUUUGUCUAUAUGUUUUAGUUUGUAUUUUUCAAGAUAAUAGUAACUACAAAGGUUCUUAUAAUUUGAUAUAGGUAAGUGGUUUUUUUCCCAACUGAUGUGAUGUAGGAUGAACAAAAAGAAACAACUGCAUGUUCCUGUUUAGUGAAACUUCUAGAAAAAAAUCAGGCUCGUCACUAAAUAUAUUUAUUUAUUGAGUGUUUUGGUUUGUUGAUGAGGAAAUGACUAUAGAGAUGAAACAUUUACAUUUCAAAGUUUUUCUUGUAGGAUAUAGACUGGACACCAUCACUACACGUACAUUACUGACAUCAUCUUCAUGUUUAGGCUGCAUAACAGAAAGGAAUGUAGCCUUGUAGUAAAGAUUUGGUUUUCUUUUAAAGGCAGACUUCCACACUAGGAUAAACUUCUAGACAUAAAUAGAAUAAGAUGUUUGCUCCUUUGUUUCAACCAAUCUGUGAAAUUUACAAUUUAUUUCUCAUCCUUCCUUUAAAGAACAUAGAACAAUAUAUUAAGAAAACAAUCCUAUUUGUGUUUACUCAGGAGUAAGCCCCACCGUGUUCAGUGGGGUUUACUCUUAUGUAAAAGGGUAGGCAAACAUGUCUGGGAGAAAGCAUCAUUGCAUGUAGUCCAAUGGGCAGAUCAAUCCAAACUAUCAAAAGCCAAUAUAAUUUACACCAAGGUAAAUUAUGCCAUUGUAACUCACCUAUUUGAAACUCCAUUUGGGAGUGGGGCUACUGGCAACUUAGACUUCUUGAGCGUAACAGAGGGAAGCUUUACUUGUGUUUUCCAAUAGCUACAAUUAUAGAUAACUAUCUAUCUAUAUAUAUAGUUUGAAAGCACGUCAAAGUGCAAGUAGACAAAUAGGUACCGCUCCGGCAGGAAGGUAAACGGCGUUUCCGUGCGCUGCUCUGGUUUGCCAGAAGCGGCUUAGUCAUGCUGGUCACAUGACCCGGAAGCUGUACGCCGGCUCCCUCAGCCAAUAAAGGGAGAUGAGCGCCGCAACCCCAGAGUCGGUCACGACUGGACCUAAUGGUCAGGGGUCCCUUUACCUUUUUUUAUCUAUCUAUAACAGCUAAUACUGUACUUAAUUUGGUCUUUCAUCUAUUUGUGGUUCCCUGGCAAGGGGCUUGCCCUACAUAUUUCCCAUUGGUUCUCAACACCUUGCUGCUUUAUGCCAGAUCAAUGAAACGGAAAUCAGCUGUUAUUCAAAACUUAAGUGUCAGAUCAACCCAUUAACCUGGAAUGCAUAAUUGAGACCUGGGUCGUGUGGGUGGUCAUGUCUAUUGUUACAGAUCUAGGAUAACUGAGUUUGGGGGUGCAAGGGCACCCAUAACUGCCAGUUAGUUAAUGUUAGAAACUAAUACAGGGAUGCGGGUGGCGCUGUGGGUUAAACCACAGAGCCUAGGACUUGCCGAUCAGAAGGUCGGCGGUUCAAAUCCCCGCGAUGGGGUGAGCUCCCAUUGCUCUGUCCCAGCUCCUGCCCAUCUAGCAGUUCGAAAGCACGUCAAAGUGCAAGUAGAUAAAUAGGUACCGCUCUGGCAGGAAGGUAAACGGUGUUUCCGUGCGCUGCUCUGGUUCGCCAGAAGCGGCUUAGUCAUGCUGGCCACAUGACCCAGAAACUGGAUGCCGGCUCCCUCGGCCAAUAAAGCGAGAUGAGUGCCGCAACCCCAGAGACCGUCACGACUGGACCUAAUGGUCAGGGGUCCCUUUACCUUUACUUUCUAUAUCUUUAUAAUAACAAUAUGAUCUCAGCAAAAAUAAUGGCCAGUGGGCAGGGAGAAUUAUCUGGUUUUGAUAGUAGUUCAAUAUGAAAGGAGAUUCAGUGGUCAUGGGCAGUGCUGAGGACUAGGGUUCCCUCUAGAUAUACUGCUAUUAUUCAUUGUUGUUAUUCAGUGUUUCAAAUUGCUUGUCACUCAGUCCUAUGAAAGCAUACUCAGAAGAUAAAAGUGCACUGUGUUCAAUGAGGCUUAUUUACAUAGGACCACAACCUUAAGUAAACUGUUAAGUAUGUAGGACAUGAUUUUCGAUAAACCCUUUGCUUUGUUUUUGCUGCAACAGAUUAACACAUGCUAUUCAUCUAGAAAUGGUUAAUUCAUUUCCAUAGGUCUGCUUAUAAUCAAGUUGUUUUAAGUUCUUCACCUAUGAAUAUACAUAACCUAAUAAAAAGAGAUCAUUUUCACAGUGUUGUUGUCACAUAACAAUAGUAAUAAAAGUGUAUUGUGAUUAUAGUUAUACCUUUAUAAUGUCAGUGAACACCCUGUUCCACAUAUAUAAACCUCUACGGGAAAAAGCUUUAUCCUGUUGAGGAAAGAUUUCUUAUACCAAGAAUUUGUCAACAGCCAUUCAUGAACUUGUUAAAGCGAAAGUACUUUUUAUUUGCAUUCAUGAAAUAAAAUAAACAUAUUUUCUUUGAUCCUUAGCCAACCCUUUAUUGUUAACUUGCACUAGACUUUUAUGUUUCAGUGCUCAUUGUACAUGUAAUUAUUUGAAAAGUGAUUUUGUUUUAAAUUAUUUAGCCUUUUCUGAAUUUUAGAUAAACACAGGCAUGUUUUGCUAGCGAUUAAAAAUACAUUUCACCCAACACUGCAGAACGUAGCAAAGAUAAUAAUGUGUAGGCGUCAGUGUGUUCCAAAACAAGACUCUCUGGGGACCCCUUUUAACACACUGCUACGUUAAAAUCGUGUUCUGAAAGCCUCAGGAAACCCCUACUCGAACCCACCCUUUCCUGAAACUGGUGAAAGUAUUUUUAAAAACACUGGAGUGAAAAAAGGCUACUGCUAAAAUAUUGCCAAACCAGAUUGUUUCAUUUAGUUACUGUUACCAGGUUUUUUAUCUUUCAAUAUAUUGAUAAUUCUAGUGUUACCAAUAAUAAUGUUAAAUAAAAUGUUAAUGAUGUCAGAAUACCUCACAGUAUAAUGAGAAAAGUAGGUUUCCACGACAUAGUCUGUGAUAACAUAUUUUAAUUAUACGUCAUAUAGUCUUUUCUUUUUUAAAAAAAUACAUUUUCAUAGAAUUGUAGAGUUGGAAGGGGCCCCAAAUUUCAUACUAUCCAACCCCCUACAAUGCAGGAAUCACAAGUAAAGAAUCCCAACAGAUGGUCAUCCAUGCUCUGUUUAUAAACCUUCAGUGAAUGAGAUUCCACCACCUUUUGAGAUAGUCCAUUCCUCUGUCAAACUGCUCUUACUGUCAGAAAGGUAUUCCUAAUGGUUAGUUGGAAUCUCUUUUCUUGUAAUUUGAAUCUAUUCAAUCACUAUUCAUUGAUGCUACCUGUAGCAUCUUAUUCAGUUCUGGUGUUUUUACCUCAUUCAACAACUUGCAACUUUAUUCUUCGUUUACUGCCAUAUUGGAUUCGAUCCAGAUUUGCAAUGCAGUCCUAACCAUUUCUACUCAGAUGCAAGCUUUAUUGAAUUCAUUGUAGUAUAUUCCCAGAUAAGAAUGCUGAAUAUAAUAGCCCUGCUGGAUCAGGCCAGUGGCUCAUUUAGUCCAGCUUGCUGUUCUAAUAGUGGCCAACCACUCUCCUUUCCUGCAGUUUACAGCAACUGGUAUUCAGAAGCAUAAUGGUGGUAGAACAAUAGUCAUUGUGGUUAAUAGCCAUUGGUAGCUUAGUGUUCAUGAAUUUGUGUAAUCCUGUUUAAAAGCCAUCCAAGUUGGUUGCCGUCGCUGCCUCAUGUGAGGGCAAAUUCUAUAGUUUAACUAUGCAUUGCAUAAAUAAGUACAUCCUUUUGUCUGUUCUGAAUUGUCCACAUUCAGCUUCAUUGGAUGUCCACAAGUUCUAGUGUUAUGAAAGAGGGGGAAAAAACUAAUCCACUUUCAUUGUGCCAUGCAUAUUUUUAAAAACUUCUAUCAUGUUACCUCUUUCUCACCUUUUCUUGAAACUUAAGAUGUUCCAAACACUUCAUCCUUUGUUCAUAGGGGAGUUUCUCCAGCCACUUUAUCAUUAGUUUCCAUUUUUAAACCUUUUUCAAUUCUACAACAUCCUUUUUGAGGUGAGGCAGCUAGAACUGGAAAUGGUAUUUCAAAUACAGUUGCAGAGUAGAGGUGGGGUUGCAGCCUUAGUCAUAUUUAUGCUUCAGGUAGAUUCAUUGAAAUUAGUGGAACAAUUCCAUUGAUUUCAGUGAGUCUAUUCUAAGCAUGAUUAAGUCUGGAUUCAUUUUUUCUUCAAUCAAAAGUUUUAUUUAUUUCUUAUACCCCUCCUUUCAAGAAGCUUCCUUCAAGAAGUGGUAUAUAUCUACUCCUCAUUGUAUCCUCACAAUAAGGUGACGUAGGUUAGAUAGAGAGAAAGCAACUGGGCUAAGGUGAGUUGUAGCUAGUGGCUGAGUGAGGAUUUGAAUCCUGAUCUCAUGUGUUCAUAGUCUGACUAAUACAUCGUAUGUAAAUGAUUGUAAGGUAAUUAUUUCAUUUAAGACAAGGUUCCGCAUGUGACAUUAACAUAUGAGAGUGCUGGAGGUGAAAUAGUUAAAACAGUUAAAUAGAUACCCAAUCAGAACCCAGGGAGUUGGAGUCAGAGGGACUAUAAAACCAGCUCUGGGAGGGGCGAAGGGGGGAGUUCGUUGGGAGUUGGGUGGUUGGUUGGAGUGGGAGUGAAUUGGGAUAGAGUCUGGGGGUAGGUUGAGUUUGUGUAGCGAAAUAAGCUGAGUCAGGAACAGUUAGGAGCUAGGAAGACGAGUAAAUAUCUGAGGGGUAGUUUAGUGAGUGAGAGCAGGUAGCGGAAGUUAUAGGUCUGGAUAGGCAGCCCAUGCUUGUAAUUGACUGAGACCAUUUAUGAAACCACACGCUUGUUAAACUGCAAUAAAUAAACAGAAGUUUAUGUUCCAAUUUAACCCUGACUGGACUCCGUAUUUUACCAGGUAGGGCCUGGGUGGUGGCAGCGAGAAAUAAAGUGGUGGCACAGGGAUCAAUAGACGGUGAAACGUCCAGGGAACCUGUGUUAUUGCCACACCGCACAGACAGCAUAUUUGCACAAAGCAGAUUCCGUGCAUCAGAGAGGAACCAGGAACAAAUGAAGUUCACUCCACCAAGACACCUGCCUUGAAACCAAAAUACUGGGAGUGUAAUAUUUGCAAAUGAUCACCAGAGGGUGCUCAGUGGCUAAGUGUGCUUGACCUUUGACAAUGCUAACUGUGCCUGCUGAGAAUGCUGCUGCUGUUUCAGCACCACGUUAGAUUAUACAGGUCUUUUAAUUGUAUUCUAUGAAUGUAAAAAUGUUGUAGAUCAGAAACAUUUAGAUCUAGAAUAUGUGUAGAUAGAAAAGUACAUGAAAUACAGUAUUUUAGGGCCAAACUAAAUAUGACAUGGGAGAGGCAUUGUGUCCCUGGUGUUUGUUUUGUUGCUAAAAACAUCUCUGUGGGACUCUGGUGCUGGGGAAAGAGGUCUAAUCCUUCUCUCCCAACCUGCACCAUGGCCUAAUCUUAAUUGCCCUUGUAAAGUUGCUGUUCUCCUUAUGGUGGGAAACAUAAAGCACUCAUAUUAUGUUUUCCUCGUAACAGCUUCAGUCAGGGUUGCAGAAAAGGUGGGCAGAAAGAAUUAGAUCUCCCUCCAGGGCCACAGCCCUGAUUCAAAUGUCAUCUUUCUGAUUCUCUUUCAGCAAAAGAAAAAGAUGUGUCCUGUUUAGUUUGACCAUGAAGGAAUAUAUAUAUAACUGA